GUCUGCCUAUCCAUUCACAGCCAGCCCAAAUCAUUUUCAGCAGCAUCUCUCCUCAGCAUCCAUUCUGCAUCUCCGUGACACUGACGAGUUUGAAGGACUCAUACCUUUUUUUGUUUGCUUUUGUCUCAUCGGAGAAGACCAACCCUUGCUCUCAGCUCUCUCUCUCUCUUUCUCUCUGUCUUUUCUUCGUUUUUUCAUUUUGCAGGCAAGCAGGCAAGCAAGACGAGGGACUGCAGUGCGUUAGCUGCAGCGUUACAGAAAUGUUGUGAAUGACUCUGCCACUCCACUGACACAAGCUCUGGGCUCUGGACAUUUUUCCAUGAAUGGCUGCUUUUUUGCUGCCUUAAUGUCAUGGGCUUCAUCCUGUUGGCUGUUUUUAAUGAGGCAGGGAGGUCUGACAUCACUAUUUAUGCUUCAAUCUCCACUGAAUCCGGACAGCAUUUUAGUGAGAUUGCAUCUGGUCAUGGUGUAUUUGAAAGAGAUGUUUAAUUAUUCAACAAAGCUCAUUCAGGAGCACAGCUCGUCUUGUUUUGCCCUCUGUGUGAAGACUUUGAGUGUGGAACAGGGAGAUGGAAUUAUGGCGAUGUUUCGUAGUAUGUAAGGAAGAACGGACGUGACGAACAAAGAGAUAAAACCAUAUUUGUCUUUUGCUUUAUAUUUGAACAGAUUUUGCAGCCAACAAUGGCAAUAUAUUUGCUAAAAAGAAUGUACCAGAUCAUCCAGGUGGAAGGCGAAAGGUGAAUGUAUUUGUUUUAGAUGAUGUUUUUACUGUGUUCAGUAACUAAUUUGGUAGAUUAUUUGUUUAUAAUUAAUGGCAGAUCAUGAAACGCACUUUAUGGGUUCUGUUUAAUAGAGCACCUUUAUGAAAUGCAACAGAAUGAGUAAAAUCAUGAUUGUAGUAUGUCCUUGGAAUUAGUGAUCGCCAUUGACAACAACGCAAGUUUUAUUCUGUCUUGCUGUCUUACAUGUAAUCCAACACCUUAACUAUCUUAACGUGAUUUUUUCAUUGAAUGUCACCUCUUUUCAAAGCUUAUUAGUUAUGUUGCAUAUUUUGUUGGUAACUGUUCUUAGCCUCAUUCUAAGCUUUGAUCAACUGCUGUUUGUAUAAUUGAUGGAUUGACUGAGCUAGGAAAGAUAACAUAUAAGCUAGGAGACAAUUUCAGUUCACAUCUCUUCAGUUAUAUGUAUUCGUUUUCACAUGGACUGAAUGAAACCGGAAGGUGUUCCUACGGACAGGGCAAAUUUUGAGAAUUGAUUGGUUCUACCGAGCUUUUAGUGGGAGUUUUUUCUGUAACAGAAAGUGUUCUGCAGUGUUCAGUGAGUCUUUUGUUGAGAAGAGUCUCUCUCUCUCUCUCUCUCUCUCUUUCUCUCUCUCUCCGAGUGAGUCAUGCAUAUACGGGGAUCUGCCAGGAUGCAGAGGGAGAGAGAGACAUCUUCUCACUAGAGCCCUGUCUCUCUCUCUCUGCCAUCUCUGGCCCUCUAUCUCUGUAGAGGAGCGACCCCGCACUGCUUUUCUCUUGUUGCGCUCUUGUCUCCAUGGAUUCCGUGUUUUGUGGGUAAUUUUUGUGUUCCUGAGCUGCUGUGCAGUGGUGGAUUUUUCUGACGGCAGUGUCCGCAGCAACAGCCUGCUGCUCUCUUUACCUCGAGCCCAGUGAGCAGGCAUUUGCGUCCACCCGUGAAGACAGUUUCUCGGCUUCAGCAUGCCAAGCGAGCGGACGGUCCUCCGGGAGUUGGAUGUGUCCGUUCGCGCUUAGUCCGGCAUACCGAGUGGAAUGCUUCACCGUGCUAAAUACAACCGAUUCCGGAAUGAGUCAGUGACAUCCGUUGAUGAACUUCUGCACGGUCUUUCCAUGAACGCGAAGGUCACGGCCAUCCCACCGACGCCGCCCGUGGGCGACCCUCCGUACGCCCCGCCAGCCGAGGUCUUGCCCUCUGACUCCACGGAUGAGUCCGGCACUACCUUGUGCACCCUCAUCAACAAAGUCUCCAACCUCAAAUUCGCCAACUCUUCGGGACUGCUUGGCAUCAAGGGCCUGCCGUCUGCCGUCAAAGACCUGGCUGUGUCCAAGCUCCAGGGAGGAGCUGGGGGAGGUGGCUCAAGCAGCCCCAGCUCGUCUGCCCUCUCGGCGGCCAGUGGGGGCAGUUCGUGCCCCUCAGCCACCUCUGGAGCCCCUCACACCUUGCUGGAGCCAAUCUCCGUGAGCUCGGGGAAGAAGGGGAAGAUGGAAGAGUCUCAGCCCGGCGGAGAGAGCUGGAACCUGGCUGGCACGGGCGGAACGGGUGCCGCAGGCUGCGGGGGACUGGUGAAUAAGCCAACUCGUGGAUGGCUGCACUCAAAUGAGAAGAUAUCUGGACCUGGAGUGACGUACGUCGUUAAGUAUUUGGGCUGUAUUGAAGUUCUUCGGUCCAUGAGAUCUCUGGACUUCACCACACGAUCACAAAUCACAAGGGAGGCGAUCAGUCUGGUGUGUGAUGCCAUUCCUGGUGCCAAAGGAGCUUUACGCAAGAGAAAGCCUCACUCUAAACUUCUCUCCAGUAUUUUGGGGAAGAGUAACCUGCAGUUUGCUGGGAUGAGCAUUAAUCUGAACAUCUCAACCAGCAGUUUAAACCUGAUGACACCUGACUCCAAACAGAUAAUAGCCAAUCAUCACAUGCAGUCCAUAUCCUUCGCCUCCGGUGGAGAUCCGGACACGACCGACUACGUCGCUUAUGUAGCGAAAGAUCCCGUCAACCGGAGAGCAUGUCAUAUUCUAGAGUGUUCUGAUGGUUUGGCUCAGGACGUAAUCAGUACAAUCGGUCAGGCGUUCGAUCUGCGGUUUCAGCUCUACCUGCAGUGUCCGUCAAGCAAACCCUCGACACUGCAUGACAGGGUUAUGAGUACAGAUGAUCCGCCGUGGACAGAGGAAGGGGAGGAGUCCGCCGAUCAUCACUACUACAACAGCAUUCCUGGCAAGAUGCCGCCACCAGGGGGCUUCAUUGAUGCUAGACUAACCAAUCAGAUGCAAGAUAGCAGCCAGGGUGCUGGAGUCGACCAGACGUACUACCAAGGCCGACCCAUGUUCAUACAACAAGGGUCCUGUGAUAUAUACAGUCUGCCUGAGGUCAAAGGUCAGGCCCCUAAGCCUGGAGAAGUCCCCACGUAUGUGAACACGCAGCACAUUGACACGCAGGUGUUGGCGGCACUGCAGGGGGAGGCAGAGACGGCGUCCGAUAUGUGCACAAGCGAGGAAGCUAAAGACAGCCCGAGGACGGACCUCUUUGACAUGAAGCCGUUUGAGGAUGCGAUCAUGACCCAGACUCCAGCUCCAGCCCAUCCGCCAUCAGAACUCCAUAAAGCUGCGUCUGUGGAUAACUCCAGUCCACUGCUGGUGCGAGCGGCGGCCCUCAGAGCUCAGGAGGAGCUAGAAGACCAGAGCUGGUAUCACGGAGAGAUGAGCCGGCGCCAGGCAGAGAAACUGCUGCUCCGCGACGGAGACUUCCUGGUGCGGAAAAGCACCACUAACCCGGGCUCGUACGUCCUGACGGGGAUGAACAACGGACUCGCCAAGCAUCUUCUUCUGGUCGACCCAGAGGGCACGGUUCGGACGAAAGAUCACAUAUUCGAGAGCAUAAGCCACCUGAUUGGCCAUCAUCGUGACAACAACCUGCCAAUUGUCUCUGCAGGAAGUGAACUGUGCUUGAAGCAGCCGGUCGAAAGAAAACAGUGACGACACCUCAAAAAACAUCGGAUGGGUCACCGCGACAUGCUUUUAUGAAAGCAAACAUGCCCAGAUGACUUUCCGAUGCAUUACGUUCUCUUCGCCGGAGAACACUUGAUGAUUGUCAAACGUUUGGACAAGGUGGCAGUGGACGACAGCAAAAUCGUUUUUAGAUAACGAUAGACGAUUUUAGUUUACUGAAAGUGGAGCGAAACCUCAUUUAUAGAGCUGUUAUAUUAUUUUAUUGCGCUGGAGGAGAAUCUAUAUUUUUGAAGAAGACUUAAGUGGAUUUUGGACAGUUGUUCGACGCUGAAAUCGCAGAUAUAGUUUGGAAGAAACGCAACUUGAUCUCCAAGAGGGAUGAGGAGAAAACCAGAUAAAGAAGAAGUAUUUUAGAAUAAAAAAGUUUUCGUUUUGUCUAUCAAGCACAACUGGAUUUUCAUGUUCGAAGAUAGAAGAGAUAGAAGAAAUAUUUGAGAAAACAAAAAAAUUUAAAAAAGCUGUUUAUAGCCACUUAUUUUAGGAAGCUAGUGUGCGAGAUCAUUUGGUAGCUUCUAUCAAAUCCCUGUUGAUGAAGCUUUCCGGAGGAAAGAUUUGAAUCUGUUUGCUUGAACAGAAAUCACACUCAAACACACGCGCACAAAACACCGAAACAAAAACGCACUGCGAAAAAUCUUUUUCUUAAUCAGCGUUUUUGCCUUGUUUUCCAGUAAAAACGAAAUAAAGUUACUUGUGGAGCAAAACUUAAGAAAGUCAGACUUGUGGGGGUCUGGGUAGCUCAGCGAGUAUUGACGCUGACUACCGCCCCAAGAGUCGCGAAUUCGAAUCCAGGGUGUGCUGAGUGACUCCAGCCAGGUCUCCUAAGCAACCAAAUUGACCCGGUUGCAAGGGAGGGUAGAGUCACAUGGGGUAACCUCCUCGUGGUCGCUAUAAUGUGGUUCGCUCUCGGUGGGACGCGUGGCGAGUUGUGCGUUGAUGUCGCGGAGAAUAGCAUGAAGCCUCCGCACGCACUAUAUCUCCACGGUAAUGCGCUCAACAAGCCACGUGAUAAGAUGCAUGGACUGACGGUCUCAGACGCGGAGGCAACUGAGAUUCGUCCUCCGCCACCCGGCGAGGCGAGUCGCUACGCCACCACGAGGACUUAGAGCGCAUUGGGAAUUGGGCAUUCCAAACUGGGGAGAAAAUGCCUUGUUUUAGCAGAAUAUGUCUUGAAUUAAGUUUAUUUUUUUCCCUCACUGGCAUUUUAUUUUUUACGUUUAAUCUGAGUAAGGCUUAAUCUUAAAAUAAAAAAAGCAAUUUGCCAACGGGGAAAGAAAAAUAAACCUAAUUCAAGAAGUGUUCUGUGUAAACAAGUCUUACCAUUUCGCUUUCUAAGUUUUAAAUGUGAGGUUUGUCAUUUCUGCACCACUAUAAAGUCACCAAACGGAAAUGCAAAAAUAAGCAGAACUUUUUUUGUAGCAGAUUUCCCAAACAGUUUACACUUUACACUUUUUGAGGGAAACAACUUACAAAUGUCUUACUCAUAGUUGUCUUUGUACUGUAUAUUAAGCUGCGAUAGGAUAAAGUAUUUUACCAUCACCCUGAAGGAUGUCUUUUAGAUAUUUUCACUGGAAAACAAAACAAAAGAUUUAAGAAAAUGUGUUUUACAGUGCAGUCACACACCGGCAUACACGCACAGUCACGGCUUUGAAGUACCUACAUUUUUCUAUGAUGUUGAAACCUGUGGCACUCGCAUGACUUAAACUUAAUUGUAUUGUGGUCAUUGUUGGUAGCAUCCAUGGCCCAGCAGAGGUGCUUUUGUGUUGCUCACGAUGUAAAAUAUUUAUGCUUUACCCAGUAUUCAUUGACUUCAGUUCAGAGCUGUGUAGUUGCUCGGUUCGGGGCUUUACUUUAUAACUUGGAUGUUUCUAUCAGUUUUCAUGGUUUGACUAUGGGCUUCACAAACAGACAACUUGAUAUCAUAAUUAUUCUUCUGGCUUUAUUUUAAAUUAAAGGAUUAUAAAUGAAUAGCACAAUCAAUGCUUUCCUGUGUGAGAGAUGAGUCUGGUGUGUUUGCACAGUGCCAUUACUGGAUAAACUGGAAUAUUACUGGAUUAUUCAUUUAUUUAUAUAUUCUGUUUAUUGCUUCACACUUUAAAAAACUAGCCACAUUUAGAGAAUUAUUGGUGGUGUUUUGUGGCAAUCACCUGAGAAAUCCACAUGUUUCUUAUAUAUAUUAAAUUAAAUUAGCAUCAGAUAAAAAUACCAUUAGAAAAUUAGUGGCUAGAUAAUGAUUUACAAACUUAACAUACAAAUAAUGUAAUGUUUUGAUUUACAAAUAAUGUCAAACAUGAAGGUGAAUCUCAUAAAAACGUUC